UAACCUCCAGGAGCAUUCGUAUCGGCGCGCAUGCGCAAAAGGACCCGAUGUAGCAGCUGCAUUUCCUGGUUUCUAUUUCCACUCGAAGCGAUGGCAGAAGUGAAGGCUUGCUUGAUUUUUGUAGUUAUAGCGGCUUGUCUAAGUUCAGCGGUGCUUGCUUUGGUUGAAGAUCUAGAUGACACAUUUAAAGACACCAGAGUGAAUGACAUCUGGCUGGUUGAUUUCUAUGCACCGUGGUGUGGUUACUGUAAAAAAUUAGAGCCAAUAUGGCAGGAGGUGGGAGCUGAGCUGAAGAAGUCUGGGUCACCGGUCCGUGUAGGAAAGAUGGAUGCCACUGCUUAUUCUGGAAUGGCAUCAGAGUUCGGUGUUCGUGGUUACCCUACAAUAAAACUAUUAAAGGGUGAUCUGGCCUAUAAUUACAAGGGACCAAGGACAAAAGAUGAUAUUCUAGAGUUUGCAAACAGAGUGUCAGGACCAUCCGUCCGGGCUCUUCCCAGCAGGCAGAUGUUUGAGCACAUGUUGAAACGACAUGAUGUGCUUUUUGUGUAUGUCGGCGGGGUGUCGCCCCUCAAAGAGAAAUACAACAACGUAGCCUCUGAGCUCAUUGUCUAUACUUAUUUCUUCUCGGCUUCAGAGGAAGUCUUGCCAGAGUCACUAACUUUGCCAGAGCUUCCUGCAGUUGUAGUCUUUAAGGACGGAGCCUACUAUGCCUAUGAUGAAUACGAAGAGGGUAGUUUGUCAUCGUGGGUGAACAAGGAGCGCUUCCCAGGAUACCUGCAGAUCGAUGGCUUCACUCUGUAUGAGCUCGGAGAAACAGGCAAAUUGGUGGCAAUUGCAGUCAUCGACGAGAAGGACCCCACAGAGGAGAGUGGCAGAUUAAAGACCUUGAUUCAGAGGGUGGCAAAGGAAUACAGAGAACAUUUUAACAGAGACUUCCAGUUUGGCCACAUGGAAGGGAAUGACUACAUUAACAGCCUCAUUAUGGGUGAGGUGACAGUGCCCUCUGUUAUCAUCUUUAACACAUCCAACGAGCAGUACUUCCUGCCCAGUGAGCCAAUCGAGACCAUGGAGCAGCUGGUCCAGUUCAUCAACAGUGUUCUGAACGGUUCUGCACAGGCAUAUGGAGGUGAUGGUAUCAUCCAGAGGCUCAAACGUGUGGCCUUCGAUGCAAGAUCCACAGUUAUGUCAGUGUUUCGGAGCUCUCCACUGCUGGGCUGCUUCCUGUUCGGCCUACCGCUGGGUGUAAUUAGCCUGAUGUGCUAUGGCAUCUGCACAGCUGAGUCGGCUGACGGUUCGGAAGACAAGAGGGAGGGCAUGACUGACGAAGAGGAGGAAGAGGAGGAGGAGAGGCAACACGUUGCUGAGCUGGAGGGCCCUGAAGAAGGAGGGAAUGAGGAAGUGGAGGUUGGACAGAAGAAUCCUGAAGAGAAGAAAACUGAUUAACACAGGGGUAUUCGCUGGACAGAGGAUGUUAGGCCUAGUCAAAUGCGGUGACAUGAAACUCAAAGACAUAUCAACAUAUUGCUGUUCUGCUUCUUUGUCUUUCAUCUCACAUUCUCCCGAAGUCCCUUUAGCAACGGAGUCUUGUCCUGUCUUUGUGUAUCAGUGUGUAAAGUUAGCUGCUUGGUGAAGCUGUCAAAUCAUCCUUGAAACUAGUAACCUUUGUAAUGAUGGAGUGUCGACACCUAAUUUAUUUGUACAGCUCUUUUCAAAACAAUAGCUACAAAGUGUUUUACAGACCAUGACUAGCAAAAGACUAUAAUAAAUAAAAUGCAGACUAAAAAUAAUGUAGUGGAUAUAGGAUGGAAACAAAUGUUACAGGAUAAGGCCGGCCAUUUUCUAUAUUAACAGUAUUUUCAACACUCCUCAUACAGAGACUAAGACCAACGAUGAAUUGCCUCUGCUCAUGGUAAAUGUCUGUGAGCUGUUGGUCCUGGAUCAGCUUAUUCAUCUGUGCUGCAGACCUCUGGUGUUGUUCCAAAAUGAUUAAAAACACAUCCGUGAAACACACCGCUGCACUGGGUGACAUAGUUCUUCAUUAGUAAAUUCCAGUCUUGGCUGUGAGGAGCUAGCGGAGUGUAAACAAAGCUGAGAGAUCAUGCGAGAUCUCGUACAUGAGAAGUUGACUUUGACUUGCGCUCACUUCAGGAAAUAAUGGCCACUCUGAGACUCUGGGACACCAUAGUCAGGUCUGGGGUUUUGUAAUGGAAAAAUGGGUCACCUGGUGCAGUGUUGUGUUGAUGUGGUUUUAUUUGUUUUUGAACAACAACAGUGAUCUAUUGCACAGACUAACAGACAUUAAUAAUGUGUAGAGGCAAGUCA